ACAUUAAAGAAUACAAUCUUAUUGAUGGCGGAGUUGCAGCUAAUAACCCGGCUUUGGUGGCCAUUGGGGAGGUAACAAAGGAGAUUACAAGAGGGAGCAGUGAUUUUUUCCCAAUAAGGCCAAAUGAUUACGGAAGGUUUCUUGUGCUUUCGCUUGGAACCGGAAACCGUAAAGCCGAAGAAAAAUUCAAUGCAAAAGAAGCAGCUGGUUGGGGAAUGCUGAGUUGGUUAACACACGACAACUCUACACCUCUCAUUGAUGUUUUCACGCACGCUAGCUCUGAUAUGGUUGAUUUUCAUCUCUCUUGUGUUUUUCGAGCUCUUCAUUCCGGAGCCAACUAUAUUCGCAUCCAGGAUGACACAUUAACUGGGGAUGCUGCUUCUGUUGAUAUCGCAACCAUCGAGAAUUUGGACAAUCUCGCCAAUAUAGGAGAUGAACUACUAAAGAAACCUGUUUCAAGAGUCAAUCUAGACUCAGGUUGUAACGAAAAUGCUUAUCAAAUGACCAAUGAAAAGGCUCUUAUAAAGUUAGCAGGAAUACUUUCAAAAGAAAAGAAGAUCCGAGACAUGCGAUCACCUCAGGGGAAAAUACCAAAUAUGAAAUAAAAAAAUAUUAUCUAAUGUAUAUCUAUUGUUGAUGAUUUGUUUCCUUUCACUAUUACACGUUUGGUUUGUUUAUGACAAAUGGGAAAUGCAAAAAAAUGUUUGGUCUUCUUCCAACAUCAGUUAGAAUAAUGUUAUCCAUUUUU